AUGGCCGCCAAUAGCAUCCUCUCGCUACCCAUCUACUCCCACGUCGGCAAGAAAAUCGUUUACAUCAUCUCGACCUUUGACAUCCUCAACUUUGUCGUCGCAAAACUCGGCAAUACGUCGCUGGAGGAUGCUCAGUCCAAGCUGGACGUCAGCAUCGAAGCCGCCAUGACCCUGGACUCGGAGUCUGAGAGUUACCGCAUCCUCGAGAGCGACUACCAGGACAAGCUCCACGACGUUUUGCAUGACUUUGCCCAGGGCGCCCAUCGCGCCCUCAUCACAGAUGCAACCCACCGCCGCAAGAGCUACGUUUUCACCCAAACAGAUAUCAUCCGCUAUGUCUACGACCACCCGGCGAUUGUCUCCCCAGAGAUUUCUCUGGACAAGACGCUGCAGCAACUCGGGCUUAUCCGCUCCGAGAGGCCAGUGACGCUGAUCUCCGAUCGCGAGUCCGCCUAUGAUGGCUUCAAGCGCAUGGCCGUCCAGAAGCUGCUGGCCCUUCCCAUCGUCGACUCGGCCAACCAUGUGGUAGGCACCCUCAGCGCCAGCGACCUCCGGGGCCUCACCGACAAGACGCUCUCGCACUUGAAGUCUCCUGUGGCGGAAUUUUUGCAGGCUGCCGCUCGCCCCAUCCCCAAGGUGGAAAAUCUGGUCUGUUCGCCAGAAGAUACACUACUCAAGGUCAUCCAGACCCUCACCCAGAACCGCAUCCACAGAGUCUGGGUCACUGACGAGCACAUGAAGCCCAUCGGCGUGGUGUCCCAGACGGACGUCAUUGCCGUCCUGGUUGGUUUGCCUGUUGGAAGUCCCACUCGCAUCCGCAGCGAGUGA